AUGGACAAACAUCCUCCCUCCCUCGAGUCGCUCCAGAGGGAGGUCAGUGAGCUCACAGCCAUAUACCAUGGCCGAGGCUGGACGACCGAAGCAACAGACCUGAAGUCGUCAAUGACGACAGUGGGGAAUCGGGUACUCACGACAGAUGCGGAUUCUGACGCAGCGACAAUAACUCUCGAAGAGCUAUCCGCAUGUGUCAAGGCAUGGCUGCAAGCCAAAUCAUGGAUUGCUGCCGAAGAUCUAGCCAUUCUGGUGCUGAACUCCUGCAAAAACCUGAAGGGAGAGCAAGACUUAAUGACGAUGACAGCAAUGCACAAUCUUGCUUCAGCGUAUUGGGGCCGAGGGCAGCUGGAUCAGGCUGCUGCUCUCGCCGCCCGGGUUACCAAGCUGAGACAAGAGAUUCUCGGCGAGGCGCAUCCCCAGACAUUGACUUCGAUGACGAAUCUAGCUUCCACGUAUCGGAGCCAAGGGCUUUGGGGUGAUGCUCACGAGCUUGAUUCGAGGAUUUUCGAGACGAAGAAGAAAACCAUCGGUCCCAACCAUCCAUCCACCUUGGGUUCAAUGUCUAAUUUGGCUAUAUCGUAUGCCAAUCUCGGUCAGUAUGAAGAGGCCGAGUCAAUUGCGCGCCAACUGGUCGAUCUCGGGGAAAUGGAAUUAUCUCCCGCCGAUGCUUCACUGUUAAACUGGAAACUUACUCUGGCAUCAACAUACCGAGAUCAGGGGAGGCUAGACGACGCUGAAAGGUUAGAACGGGCGGUUGUCGAUGUUAGUCGGGAGGAACUUGGGACAUAUAAUCCCUUCACCUUGACCGCUAUGGCCAACCUUGCGUCCACGUUCCGUCAUCAAGGCCGAUGGAUCGAUGCCGAACGCCUUGAAAAAGAAGUCGUGGCUAGUAGCGAGGCUGUGCUCGGCGAAACACACCCCCAAACCCUCAUGUCCAUCAGUAACCUUGCCUCAACAUAUCGCAAUCAGGGUCGGCUCGAAGAAGCCAAAGACCUCGGAGGAAAAGCAACAGCUGUGAUGAAAGAGGUCCUCGGGGAACGUCAUCCACACACACUAGUUGCCAUGGCGGAUCUUGCAGUGACAUAUCAAAUGAUGAGGCAAUCACCGGAUGCCGAGAUCCUGGCAGCCCGGUCUGUGCGCCUGAUGGAAGAGACCAUAGGCAAAGACCACCCUCACACACUUAGUGCGAUGGCCAACCUGAGCUUUAUAUACCAGUCGCAAAGCAAGUGGGAGGUCGCCGGUGGAAUGGCUGAAACGUUACAUUCUCGCAGAGAAAAGGCAUUUGGAACGGACCACCCAGAUACGGUGGCAGCGCUGGAGGAUUUGAGGAGAGUAGCGUGGGUAGAAGCGGCGGAUCAGAAUGCACAGCGUACGUUGAAUUAG